UCAUACGAUAAAGCAAACCAGAAUCCAGUUCAUUUGAUAAGACCUAUCGUAAAGAUAAACCUUGAAUUCCAUUGAGUAAGUGGUACGGUACGAAUUGAGUCUCGCAUUAGUCUGUCACGGAACGUCAACAGUGAAUAUGUUUAAUAGUCAGUUUGACCUUUAGAAAAUGGACUCCUCCACUCUUCCCUCUGGGUCAUCCGAUGAGUUGGACUCAAAAUCGGUACAAUUAAGUAGAGCAGCGGCGACGCAUCCCACUGAGGGUUUUGCUAAAGCUGAACCGGUAGGAAUUGACGAGUGUUACGACACAAGUAAUGCUAGGCGUGGCAUUGCGCUUAUCAUCAAUCAGGUGCAUUUUAGCAGCAUGGCAGUGCGCGAUGGUAGCAACAAGGAUCGCACCGAUAUUAGCACGGCAUUGCAACGAAUCGGAUUCGAGGUGCGUGUGAUGGACGAUCCGAACAGAAAGCAGCUACUUUCCACGCUCAAGCAGCUUGCCGGUGAGGAUCACUCGCACAGCGACUGUCUAGUGGUGGUGGUGAUGACGCACGGCAAAGAAAAUAAUCUACUGUACGCUUCCGAUAGGUCAUACGAAGCGAACCGGUUGUGGGAACCGUUCAUUGGCGACGCCUGUCCAUCGUUGAUAGGAAAGCCGAAGUUGUUUUUCGUACAGGCCUGCCGAGGCAAGAAGCUUGAUGAAGGCGUUAUUCAAGCAACCAUAAGCAUAGAUUCCGUCGAUACGCAAUCGUCACCGGGCUCGAUGCGAUACGUUAUUCCGGCCAUGGCAGACCUGCUGGUCAUGUACUCCACGUACGAUGGCCACUACUCGUGGCGCAAUCCGAGCAAGGGGUCUUGGUUCAUCCAAGCGCUCUGUGUCGAGCUUGGGGCGAGUGCCCAUUGCAAGGAGCUGCUGCACAUACUGACUGCCGUUUCGCGCCGGGUAGCGUUUCACUAUCAGUCGAACGUUCCGGAUAAUGCCAAAAUAGAUGCAAAGAAGCAGAUGCCCUGUAUGGUGUCCAUGUUAACCAAGCUGCUCUAUUUGACGCCAAAAAAAUAGGAGAAACACCAUAAUAAAGACCCAAAAAUCUGCUUCCGAAUGACAUGUCCGUCAUGAUGGUAUGGCGAGAAUUAUCGUAAAAUGUAGCCCCUCUGUUUUCAGAACAUUCAGGGAAAUGGUCCAGGUACUAAAGUUGUAAUAUCUGUAAGAAUUCCCAGGAACCAUGAGAUCUUUUUUUACUAGUAUCUUCAAUGUAUUUGUGACCAGCACGUAUAUCUUCGGCAAGACCACAGGAAUGGUAUGUGUAGCGUGUACACCAGAAUGAAACGUGGAGCAAAGGGCUCGCCACCGGAUGUUGGCGUAUGUGCUUGAUCGUUGAUAAUCUCGAGGUGUCAGAGGAGUUCUGCUAUCUUGGAACGGUGGUAAAUUCGAAUAAUUAAAUCAUCAGUGGAAUCCAGGAACGUAUUUCCCAAAGGGAAUAAAUAAUAACUUGAUCCAUAAAAUCAUUCUUCUCUCUGCCCAUCGCUUAUGGUUUUUAUUUGUUUAUUAUCCAAUCCGCUUUUUGCAUUGCAGAAUAGAUUAAGAUAAUGCCGCCAUGUUCUGUUGCGAGGUUUUUGACAAGAGGUUUUUGGUGCCCUGUUUCCUAGAAAUUUUGUGCGUAAGCAAUUAAAGCGAUUUCAGAAAUGAUAUCAGUCAAAGAAAAGAUAUCGCGCUAAACGUAGUGAUAAAAAACGGGAAGAGGUUAUCAAAUGUGCCAAGGAGGGAGGAGGGUGUAAUUUAGUAGAAGCUUAG